AUGAGAGUGAAGCACUUUUUCCUCUUUAAAUCAGCAGAGCACGAUUCCUUCUGUUUCACCUGUUCGACACUUCCCUACACUGCCACUUCUCUCCUCCUCACUGCGACCACAAGAGCAUCAUCUCGUCUUCCCAAUCACGCCUUCCUCAUUGUAAUUUUAGUUAAGAAGGUACAAGAUUUCCUCAAAUUGGAGAAAAGAUUGCAUCUGGAUCAUGUGGUGAUUUGUGUGAGUGUGAAGAAGGAUGUGAUCGUGACAAUCUCUUCUUGUGCAUGGGUUUGCUAUGAAUCAGAUGGUGAAAUUGAGGCUCUACGUGAAUGGCUGGAAGAUGAUGAUGCAAAAGAGAAACAACUGAAAGAAAACAUUAAAAAAUGGCAAAGGAACAAAUCCAAUGAUUUAAAUGAUGAUCACAUUGUGGGUCAAGUUGCACUUCAGUGCAGGUCAUCGGUUCAUUCCACAAAUUCCCCUGAGUUGCACACCUUUUUAUCAAUUUUAGGGUUUACAAUAUCCAAGGAUGACACAGUUAUUCUUGAUGGGGUUGGCGACAAAAAAGGAAUUGAAGAAAGAUGUGAACAGUUGAGAUCAUCAAUUAAAUUGAGCACUUCUGAUUAUGAUAAGGAGAAGCUCCAAGAGAGAUUAGCAAAAAAUUCUGGUGGUGUUGCCAUUGGCGGAGCGAGUGAAGCUGAAGUUGGUGAGAAGAAGGAUAGAGUUACUGAUGCUCUAAAUGCUACAAAGACUGCAGUUGAAGAAGGAAUUGUGCCAGGUGGUGGUGUUGCUCUUCUAUAUGCUUCAAAGGAGCUUGAUAAUCUUAUUACAGCUAAUUUUGAUCAGAAGAUUGGUGUUCAAAUAAUUCAAAAUGCUCUCAAGGCACCGGUACACAGUAGCUGCGAAUGCAGGAGUAGAGGGUGA